AUGAGCAGACGUACCGCGCCACCGGCUGGGCUGAACUCGUGCGAGAGGAUAAGACCGGAACGACCCAGGAACCCCAUCCAGAGGCUCGUAUGGGGUCCCGGAUCUCAAUUUCUAGUUGGCCAAAUCGGCUUGCCCGAGGACGAGGGCUCGAACCCACGAAUGGCCCUCAGAAGAUUGCUGAGACUGUACGAGGGAAGGCAGUAUCGAGAGGCAGCCGGUUUCCUGAUGAAGCUGCCACACUAUACCCUGAAGGCCACUCUGCCGGACAUUCCCGUGGACCUGUUGAUCGAGACGCUUCCGCACAGUCUGUCGCUGCUGGAGGCACUCUACACGAGGCUCCUCGAGCUGAACGUCAACGACACGAAGAUCCUGCGCGUGGAACAGGUACUCUGGAGGGUGGUGCAUCUGAUCUCGAUCAGCCAGGAUCACUUCCGUUUGCGAAUCUGGUGCAAGCUGCUGGCGUCGUUGAGCAGAUUGGCCCCGAACGCUAGGAACACGCUAAUAGGUAGGAAAAAGGCUCUGGAGAGGGCCGUGGAGGGACUGGGCAAACACGGACUGGUCCCCUCUGUUCAGACCAGCAAUUUGGAGAGCGGAGGCGCCUCGAAUUUGCUUCCUUUGCCGGUAGCGCUCAAGGACCACCUGGAGAACAGGAUCGACGCGUACAAGCUCGCCGUGCACAAGAUCGAGAGCUUUGGGAAGCACGCCAGGACACACAAAGCGGACCAAGGCGUGCAGGCGGCCUCGCACCAGAGGCAACUUUCGCUCAAGUAUAGCGAGAUUCAGCAACGGCUGAUCGAUAAUCAGAGUCUGUUGAACACGCUGGAGAAAGCCGGCGACCCGACCGCCUUAGAAAGUCUGUUAUCCGAGCUGAAGCGAAGGGUCGAGCAGGACAAGGAAGCUCUUAGACAAUGGACGGCCUUGAGGAAGUCCACGUUCGCCGGAAACACGAAGAAUCCACCGUUGGCCGCCAGGCUGCUGCAGUUCUCCAGGGGCUGCGACCUGGCUUUGCAGCUGAUGCACCACGACGAUCCACAGGUAUUCCAAUUGGAGGAGAAUCUGGCGAACGACUACGAGGAGGAAUCCAGCAGCAGCGCCGGAUAUCACACGGACGAGAGUUGCAGCCCGACCCCGGAGCCGAUCCUCGGUAACAGCCGCGAGCUCCGGCCACCGGAACAGAAUUUUUCGAGUCUAACUUCCGGGGACGUGACCGCGGAACGACUGGCCGAGAGGUACGCCGCUCUCUACGGCCACGCUCAUUUGCAUACCCUGGACGCCCUGGACGCUCUGGAGGCCCUCAAGGACGCGCCCGACCUGAAAGCCAAGAUCCUCUAUUCAGUGGUCGUGCUUUCCUGGCGCCUGGCGGGCAUGAUUCAGACGUCCAGGUACCUGGAGGCGUUGAAGGUUCUGAACGGUGCUGGCACCGCGACGCACACGGCGACGCCGGGGCUGGAGGAAUGCGUGAAGCGUCAGUUGGCGACUUCCGGUGCCCGGACCGGUUCCCGCGAGGUCGCGGAACAGGUGGUCAGCCAGCUGGAGAGGACGCUGUACGACUUUCCGUGUCUGCGGGGAUCCGCGGAGGUAAAGAGUUACGCCAUUGCGUGCUCCAGUUUGGCCUGGGCCUGUUUGUCGCGCGCCACGCCGCUGGUCCUCGACGUGGCCCAGGCCCUGGAGUUCAGACGGGACUUGCACAUCAGACAUCACGGGUCCCCGAACCCCAACGGGACCAGGAUCAAGACUGUUCUGUGGCCGGGCCUGAGGGAAGGUUGCCAGGGGCCUUGUCUCCAUCGGGCGGUCGUCCUCACGUCGUAA